GAGGAAAGAAAGAAAUUACAGAAAAAUUUUAUUCUCUCUUAUUUUUAUUUGAAAUCUUUUUUUUGCUGUUUUUUUUUGUUGUUGUUUGAUUUCAUCUGAUUGUUGUCAACUAACCUUCACUUUUAUUUGUUACACUUAAUUGUUAACAGUUGAUUUUAUUCAUUUUUACCUGUUCACUUUCGUGAUAUCAACAAUUAUUAACCAUCAUCAUCGGUCGGUCACCUGUCAAACGUAGGAAGAUGUCAACCACUUCUCAGAAACACCAUAGUUUUGUCUCAGAGCCUAUGGGUGAAAAGCCUGUAACCGAUUUAGCUGGAGUCGGUGAAGUCCUUGGAAAGCGAUUCGAAGACAAUGGAUUUGAUAAGGCUUACGUUGUACUGGGUCAAUUUUUAAUUCUCAAAAAGGACAGAGAGCUUUUCUCCCUAUGGAUGAAAGAAACUGUCAAUGCCAACAGUAAACAGGCCAAAGACUGUUACCAGUGUCUCUCCGAAUGGUGCGAUCAGUUCCUUUAGAUGAAUAUUUUUUCCUUUCCCUUUUUUUCUUAUUUCACUAUUUUCUUAGUGGUGUGUGUAUGCGUGUAUGUGCGUGGUUUUAUGUAUAUUGUAUGGUAUCUGUGAGUGUUUCUCCCCCUCUACUAGACAGAAAAAAAAUUUGAAACCUACAAAGAGCUUGAAAAGAUCCUAUUUAACUUCAAAAACAACAUCAGUAUCGAAAACAACUUCUCAGAUUCUGAGACUUUAGUUGUAAUUUUCAUCCCUAAACGCAAUCAACUAUAAACAGCCAAACAAAAGCAACAUCAUCCAAUCGAAAUUUUCAACAUUCAAUUAUAAGAAAAUACAAAGGUUUCAACUUGUUGAAGAAAAAGCAAAAGAAAUGGCCUCAUGUAUACACAUCAAUUAAUCUUACAAUAAAACAUAAAUCACCACAUCAUCAUCAACAACAAAAA